ACAAGGGUAACGGCUGGCAGUGUUUCACGCGAUUUCGAAACGUUAAGUUCGUUGCUGCGGUCGUCGGGAAUUGGUAUUGGAAUUGUGAGUGUGUCCGUCGUGCGGAAAAUCUUCGCUGUCAAAUAGAGGCCACAGUGGAUUGCCGAUAUCUAAUACUGUGCAAGGCGAAAAUGUGUGCCCCAGCAUUUGGUGAAUGAAAAGUGCGAAAACACAAAAUACAGAGAAAUAGUGCGAGUUAGGUGGAGUUCCAAUAGAUGAAAUUCCACGAAAUACAAGUGCGGGCGAUUCUCGUGUGCUUGCGAGAGUACGGCAUGCCCGGGUGUGCGAGUAAAAUUCACGGUAAAUAAAUAAAUAAAAUUUGUGUACACACACACAUACACGCGCCCAUUAAUUAUAUAUACACAGCAUGUUGUGAAGUUGCGGCGCAAAAAGAAAGCACGCGAAUAAAACAUAAGAAAAUUUAAUUACGCCUGCGUCUGGGAAAGUGCGUCGUUCUAUUUUGAAAUCGAUACCAAAAUAAAAUACAAAUAGAAAAAAAAAAACAAAAAAUAGGUGACACAACAACAACUAGAACAACAAUGCCCGACAACAACAACGUUGCAAAAGGAUCGGUGACGACUAAAUGCAUGAUUGAGAUCUCGUGAAAUGAUCAUUGAGUGGCUCGAAGGUGUAAAAGUAAAAAUUAUGUGAAAAAUGUGAGAAUAAGUGAGGAAUCCUAUGUGACAACAACCACAAAGACUUGCAAACAAAAGAUCAAGGGAGCAACAAAAACAUCGAAAGAAUCAAGAAAAAUGAUAACCUAAAUAAUUCAAAUUGCUAGUCAGAAAAAACAAACAACAACAGAAACCAGGGAACUCGAAGCCACAGACAGAGAGAAGAAAAUUAAGUUAUAGAAGUGAUCCGAAUUCCGAUCCCGCGUGCAUUUUCUCCCCCAAUCUCAACCUCUCUGGUCAACGGGGGUUUUCCCGAAUUUACAAUUUUCUCUUGCCACCGAAGAAAGCUUUCGCCACAAGCUGGAAAGAAAGUACCAAGGCAGCAGUGAAGAAAAAUAUUAUUGAAACGUGUUUGAAAUUUAUAACAACAAGGAAAAGCGAGAGAAGGUGUCAUUCAUUGUUCUCGACUGCGGUGUUCUUGGUGGAACGAAUAGAUAACAAUCUCACUACAAAAGUGUUCAGCCUAUGAGUUGCAACGGCGGAGCAAAUAAAAGAAAAUUGCAUUCCAACUGAAGUGAAAUAUUUGUUGCGCUUUUCCGCCGCAACAGAGUGUGAGAGCGGGACGAAAGAUGAUUACUUAACGGGGGUGAAAGAGACCCAAAAACCAAAAUCAAAACUCGUGGAAAGACGAAAAUUUGAGAAAACUAUUUCAUAAGAAAAUAGAAGGACCCAAAAUGUACAAUAUGCCACGUGGAGUGACAAAAAGUAAAUCUAAGCGUGGGAAAAUUAAGAUGGAAAACGAUAUGGCAACAACAACGACAACCUGUACGCUGGGACACAUUUGUGUUUUGUGCCGGCAAGAAAUGUUGCUGGAUACAUGUUGCUGUCAGCAAGCAGUGGAAGCAGUGGAUAUCUCCGCAAGCAGCGACGAAACGUAUAGCAGCAGCAACAGCAGUAGCAAAAGCAGCAACAACAGCAGCUGUCAAGCACGCAGUGAAAUCAGUUCGAAGCAAGUCUGGUUUCUUAGUCAUGACGAUAUUGUACUGUGCCGCAGACCAAAAUUUGAAGAAGUGGAGACGACGGGUAAAAAGAGGGACGUAAAAUGCAGUGGCCAUCAGUGCAGCAAUGAAUGCAACGAUGGCAGCACGAAAAACAAUCGACAUCAGCGCGAAAAGUUCAAUAUCUUCAGCAACUGUCACAAUAUUUUGCGAACAUUGCAGUCGCUGCUGCUGCUCAUGUUCAAUUGCGGCAUUUUCAACAAGCGACGCAGGCGGCAGCAUCAGCACAAGCAGCAACAACAGCAGCAGCAGCAAGUCCACGUUAAUUACACAAAAUUCCUAUGGCUGCUUCAAACACUGGCAGCAGCAACCACAAGACUGAGUUUAAGCCCUAAAAACUACAACCACCAACAACUACAGCAUAAUCAUCAGCUGCCACGUGCCACACCGCAACAAAAGCAACAACAUAUAGGGGAGCAUAAAAGCUCUUACUACAAGCGAAAUUACUAUUACACGCCUUGGAUAAGCAUUCUGCUCUGCAUCCUACUGGCCAACACAUUGGCCAUCCAAGCGGUCGUGCUGCCAGGACAUACGCAGCACCUGCUGCACAAUGAUAUAGCUGAUGGAGUGGAUAAGAACGCGCUUGCGCUGACGGAUACACAUUCGCGAUGGCCAAGGAGCGAAUCAACCCAAACAAUGCGACUGUCACAAAAUGUAAAACCUUGUAAAUCCAUGGACAUCAGGAACAUGGUGGCGCACUUCAAUCAGCUGGAGAACUGCACGGUCAUCGAGGGCUUCCUGCUGAUCGACUUGAUAAACGACGCAAGCCCCCUGAACAGGACCUUUCCCAAGCUGACCGAGGUCACCGAUUAUAUUAUAAUCUACAGAGUGACCGGACUGCACUCACUGUCAAAGAUCUUUCCCAAUCUAAGCGUCAUCAGGGGGAACAAGCUGUUCGACGGAUACGCGUUGGUCGUCUAUUCAAAUUUCGACCUCAUGGAUUUGGGACUUCACAAGCUGCGAUCCAUAACCAGGGGCGGUGUGCGCAUUGAGAAGAAUCAUAAGCUGUGCUAUGAUAGGACCAUCGAUUGGCUGGAAAUUCUGGCGGAAAACGAAACCCAGUUGGUGGUGCUGACGGAGAACGGCAAGGAGAAAGAGUGUAGGCUUUCCAAGUGUCCGGGGGAGAUCAAAAUCGAAGAGGGGCACGAUUCCGCGGCCAUUGAGGGAGAGCUUAGCGCCAGUUGUCAGCUGCACAAUAACAGGCGCCUGUGCUGGAAUAGCAAACUAUGCCAGACAAAGUGCCCCGAAAAGUGCAGAAACAACUGCAUCGAUGAUCACACCUGUUGCAGUCAGGACUGUUUGGGUGGAUGCGUCAUCGAUAAGAAUGGGAAUGAGAGUUGCAUUUCCUGUCGAAACGUGUCUUUUAAUAACAUCUGCAUGGACACCUGUCCGAAAGGCUAUUAUCAGUUCGACAGCCGCUGCGUUACGGCGAGCGAGUGCACUACACUAACAAAGUUUGAAACCAACAAUGUGUAUUCCGGUAUUCCGUAUAACGGCCAAUGUAUCACCCACUGUCCAACGGGGUACCAGAAGUCGGAGAAUAAGCGCAUGUGCGAACCUUGUCCGGGCGGCAAGUGUGACAAGGAGUGCUCCUCCGGUCUUAUCGACAGUUUAGAGCGUGCUCGGGAGUUCCACGGAUGCACCAUUAUAACCGGAACCGAGCCCCUUACUAUCAGCAUCAAACGUGAAAGCGGUGCUCACGUCAUGGAUGAAUUAAAAUAUGGCCUAGCGGCCGUUCAUAAAAUUCAGUCGUCCCUAAUGGUUCACUUGACUUACGGAUUGAAGUCCCUAAAAUUCUUUCAGUCUCUAACUGAAAUUAGCGGCGACCCACCGAUGGACGCGGAUAAAUAUGCUUUGUAUGUGCUGGAUAAUCGCGAUUUGGAUGAGCUCUGGGCACCCAACCAAACGGUGUUCAUUAGGAAGGGCGGUGUCUUCUUUCAUUUCAACCCAAAACUGUGUGUGUCCACUAUCAACCAGUUGCUACCCAUGCUGGCCUCCAGUCCAAAGUUCUUUGAAAAGUCAGAUGUGGGCGCCGACUCAAACGGAAACCGCGGAUCUUGUGGAACAGCCGUUCUCAACGUCACAUUACAAUCAGUGGGAGCAAACUCCGCCAUGCUGAACGUCACGACAAAAGUCGAAAUAGGAGAGCCCCAAAAGCCGAGCAACGCGACCAUUGUUUUCAAGGAUCCGCGCGCCUUCAUCGGUUUUGUUUUUUAUCAUAUGAUCGAUCCGUACGGGAACUCAACUAAAAGCAGCGACGAUCCAUGCGAUGAUCGCUGGAAGGUCAGCUCUCCCGACAAGAGCGGGAUCAUGGUGUUCAGCAAUUUGAUUCCGUACACUAAUUACUCCUACUACGUCCGAACCAUGGCUAUAUCCUCGGAAUUGACAAACGCGGAGAGUGACGUAAAAAACUUUAGGACCAAUCCCGGACGACCAUCAAAGGUGACCGAGGUGGUAGCAACCGCCAUCUCAGACUCGAAAAUUAACGUAACUUGGAGCUACCUAGAUAAGCCUUAUGGCGUGCUAACGCGCUUUUUUCUAAAAGCUAAACUGAUAAAUCGGCCGACCCGAAACAAUAACCGGGAUUACUGUACUGAACCUCUCGUUAAGGCCAUGGAAAAUGACCUGCCAGCCACAACGCCCACCAAGAAAACACCGGAUCCGUCAGCAGGUGACUGUAAGUGCGUGGAGGGCUCAAAGAAAACUAGCAGCCAGGAAUACGAUGAUCGUAAAGUUCAAGCGGGCAUGGAGUUUGAGAACGCAUUGCAAAACUUUAUAUUCGUUCCAAACAUACGGAAAAGCAAGAAUGGAUCAACUGACAAAUCAGACGGAGCGGAAGAUGCAGCUCUCGAUUCCAAUGCUAUUCCAAAUGGAGGAGCUACUAACACCUCCCGUCAAAGGCGAGACCUUGCGCUCGAGCCAGAGCUGGACGAUGUGGAAGGCAGUGUACUUCUUCGCCAUGUGCGCUCUAUCACAGACGAUAGCGAUGCCUUUUUCGAAAAGGACGACGAAAAUACCUAUAAGGAUGAAGAACUCUUGUCCUCCAACAGACAAUUCUAUGAGGUUUUUGCUAAGGAAUUGCCGCCAAAUCAAACACAUUUUGUCUUUGAAAAACUGCGCCACUUCACCCGCUACGCUAUCUUCGUGGUGGCCUGUAGAGAAGAAAUCCCCAGCGAAAAAUUAAGGGAUAGCACUUUUAAGAAGUCGCUUUGCAGCGAUUACGACACCGUUUUUCAAACUACUAAGAGAAAGAAAUUUGCCGACCUGGUCAUGGAUUUAAAGGUAGAUUUAGAACACGCCAACAAUACCGAGUCCCCUGUACGGGUUCGCUGGACGCCUCCAGUAGAUCCCAACGGUGAAAUUGUCACCUACGAAGUGGUCUACAAGUUGCUCAAGCCCGACCAACUGGAAGAAGGAAAGUGCAUCCCGGCUGCUGACUUCAACCAGACCGCCGGCUAUUUAAUAAAGCUCAACGAGGGCCCGUACAGUUUUAGGGUGCGAGCCAACUCCAUAGCGGGAUACGGCGAUUUCACGAAAGUCGAACAUAUAAAAGUGGAGCCUCCGCCGAGCUACGCUAAGGUCUUCUUCUGGCUACUGGGAAUCGGCCUUUCGGUGCUGAUUGUAUCCUUGUUCGGAUAUGUCUGUUACCUGCAUAAGAGGAAGGUUCCCUCUAAUGACCUCCAUAUGAACACAGAAGUGAAUCCGUUCUAUGCGAGCAUGCAAUACAUCCCAGACGAUUGGGAAGUGCUGAGAGAGAACAUCAUCCAGUUGUCUCCCCUAGGCCAGGGAUCCUUUGGCAUGGUGUAUGAGGGAAUCCUGAAAUCCUUCCCACCCAGUGGCUUGGACCGCGAGUGCGCCAUUAAGACUGUCAACGAAAAUGCUACUGAUCGCGAGCGAACUAAUUUCCUAAGCGAGGCGAGUGUUAUGAAGGAGUUCGAUACGUAUCAUGUUGUUAGACUGCUCGGAGUAUGCUCCAGGGGCCAGCCGGCUCUGGUGGUCAUGGAGCUUAUGAAGAAGGGUGACCUUAAGUCCUAUUUGCGUGCCCAUCGUCCGGAGGAGCGGGAUGAGGCCAUGAUAACGUAUCUUAAUCGCAUUGGAGUGACUGGUAAUGUGCAGCCUCCCACUUAUGGAAGGAUCUACCAGAUGGCCAUUGAGAUCGCGGAUGGCAUGGCAUAUUUGGCCGCCAAGAAGUUCGUCCAUCGUGAUCUUGCAGCUCGCAAUUGUAUGGUAGCUGAUGAUUUGACGGUGAAGAUCGGUGACUUUGGCAUGACUCGCGAUAUCUAUGAAACGGAUUACUAUCGGAAGGGAACCAAAGGGCUACUGCCAGUUCGCUGGAUGCCACCAGAGAGCUUGCGAGAUGGCGUUUACUCUAGUGCCAGUGAUGUAUUCAGCUUUGGAGUGGUUCUCUGGGAAAUGGCCACCUUAGCGGCUCAGCCAUACCAAGGUCUUUCCAACGAGCAAGUCCUGCGUUACGUCAUCGAUGGAGGAGUUAUGGAGAGGCCGGAAAAUUGCCCAGAAUUUCUUCAUAAACUAAUGCAAAGGUGCUGGCAUCAUAGGUCUUCGGCCAGACCCAGUUUUCUGGAUAUCAUAGCGUAUCUCGAAUCACAAUGUCCCAAUUCGAAAUUUAAGGAUGUAUCCUUUUAUCACUCAGAGGCGGGUCUGCAGCAUCGGGAAAAGGAGCGCAAGGAGCGCAAUCAGCUAGAUGCAUUUGCGGCAGUCCCCUUGGACCAGGAUCUGCAGGACCGGGAACAGCAGGAGGAUGCUACCACACCUUUGCGAAUGGGUGAUUAUCAGCCGAACUCAUCCUUAGACCAACCGCCCGAGAGCCCCAUCGCCAUGGUUGAUGAUCAGGGUACUCACUUGCCAUUUAGUCUGCCGUCGGGAUUCAUUGCGAGCAGUACUCCUGAUGGGCAAACUGCAAUGCCAACUGCAUUCCAGAAUAUUCCAGCAACGCAAGGUGAUAUUUCGGCGGCAUACGUUCUCCCUGAUACAGACGCUUUGGAUGGCGACAGGGGAUAUGAGAUCUACGACCCUAGUCCGAAAUGCGCGGAGCUGCCAACGAGCAGAAGUGGCAGUACUGGAGGCGGUGGAAAACUUAGCGGAGAACAACAUUUGCUACCAAGAAGGGGUCGGCAGCCCGCCAUCAUGAGCAGCUCGAUGCCAGAUGAUGUCAUAGGUGGAUCUUCACUGCAACCCUCAACGGCAUCAGCAGCAAGCUCUAAUGCCAGUUCUCACACUGGUCGUCAAAGUCUGAAGAAAACAGUGGCGGAUACGGUUCGCAAUAAGGCCAAUUUUAUUAACCGCCACCUAUUUAACCACAAGCGAACGGGCAGCAAUACCAGCCACAAGAGCAAUGCCUCCAAUGCUCCUAGUACCAGCAGUAACACCAACUUGACAAGUCACCCGGUGGCCAUGGGCAAUCUUGGAACUAUCGAAAGUGGAGGCAGUGGUUCGGCUGGCAGUUAUACUGGCACACCCCGCUUCUACACCCCAACAGCCACUCCUGGUGGAGGUAGCGGUAUGGCCAUUAGCGACAAUCCUAACUAUCGACUAUUAGACGAAUCAAUAGCCAGCGAACAGGCGACCAUUCUUACCACUAGCAGCCCCAAUCCGAACUACGAGAUGAUGCGCCCAACAGGCAGCCUGGUCAGUCUGACAUAUCCGAACUAUAUACCCAGGAAUGAGGCUCCUGUGCAGAUGGCAGGUGUGACUAUUAGCCAUAAUCCGAACUACCAGCCCAUGCAGGCGCCGUUGAAUGCACGCCAAAGCCAAAGUAGCUCCGACGAGGACAACGAGCAGGAGGAGGACGACGAGGACGAGGAUGACGACGUGGACGACGAGCAUGUGGAGCACAUCAAGAUGGAGCGCAUGCCAUUGAGUCGGCCCAGGCAAAGAGCGUUGCCGAGCAAGACGCAGCCGCCUCGCAGUCGAAGCGUCAGCCAAACGAGAAAAUCUCCUACGAAUCCCAAUUCCGGAGUCGGAGCUACAGGAGCCGGAAACCGAUCCAACUUGCUAAAAGAGAACUGGCUGCGCCCGGCGAGUACGCCAAGGCCCCCACCUCCAAAUGGAUUCAUCGGAAGGGAGGCGUAAUCGUUAAGACCGGUAUUUCAGUAGACCCACAUGUAAAUAGAUGAGAAGCAGCAUGGACAUAGAUAGAGCAGCAAGCCUUGUCCGCAAGCCAAGCUUCUUUGAAUUUGACUCUUCUCUAUGCCUAACUACGGUGGAGGAGAUGUAGGUCCAAAGAUAUUUGUAUUUAAAUAUGACUGGCUAGCAAUCUUUUGUAACUUUUUAGCGAUGAAGCUUCGAACAAAAAGUUGAAUCUUUAUUUAAUAUUUAUUAGAAAAUUAAAAACUUUGUGUUAGUCUUCGUAUAAGAACACACUUGUCCCUGACGCGAUGACGAUGACUCUUCUUGGUGUCGAACCAAAAUUGUAAAUUUUAUAUUCAUAGAGCUUUUUUUGAAUUCUCAAUUAUUCUCACUUUUGUCGACGAUAACGCCAACGACUAUAUGGAGUCCAUAUGGAAACGAUGGCUUCAUUUGCUAAGAACGAGCCAAAAAGAUUGCUAUCCCCUCCACGAUUCUUUGUUCAAGUCAUCGAACCACCCUAAACGCGCAUGUAUAAUACCAAUAGUUUCGAUUAAGCCUAUUUAUGUUUACGUAUUCGUUUAGUAUUUACUCUAAAUUUUUUGUUUGUUAAAAUUAAUGCACUAGAGCCGUUAACGCAAUAUAAAACGAGAGCAGAGAACGAUAGUGGAAGCAAAAACAGAAGAAAACAAGAAAACAAAUAAAAGCAAAACAAGUCCUACAUGCAAAUAACAAAAGUACAAAAGCCAACAACCAACCAACCUAAGUACCGUUUAAAUAGACAUACAAAUUCUACCAAUUAUAACUUAUAACUCAUA